AUGGCUGAUAUCGUAGACAACAAUCACGAUCUAAUGAACAAAAUAUUGCACCGUACACUUUGGGCUGCUGUGAAUAAUAACACUGUUUUUGAUGUAUUGUACCUCUCUACAACUUCAGGACAAGAAAAUAGGCAACCCAAACGCUAUUACCAAAAUAGAAAAAUAUUAAAAGAAGGCUAUCGCAUGGAAGUGCCGAAUCAAGCUCUUUUAAGAGACCUUCAUGCUUUGAGGAUGAAAUAUAAGAAAGGAGAAAGACAUAAUAUACUCCACAGUGCGCCUGUAAAUGCUCUUAACAUGAACGGCAACAAUUAUCCAGAGCAACCUGAAGUAUUCUUGGGCGAAUUAUAUUGCCGCUUGGGACAUUAUGCUCGCUUGACUUAA